GAAUGGGUCGUUCUGUAGUUCCUUCCUAAGUUCGUACUCGUUAGUCGUUCAUCUUCUUGUUCGUAGGAUAUAGGAAUAGGACACCGACCCGACAGUCGACACAUUAGUGAGAUAUUUCUUCGGUAGUGGGCCGUGUCAGUGAGACUGAAUCCGUUCCCGACUACCAGACGAAACGGCUCGCGUAUUUUGAUCCGUUCGUCCAGGACUCGUCUCGGUUUUGUCGUCCUAUGUCUUCUCCAGUGAAGAAUCAGUCCGACGGUGUUGGAUUUCCCCAUUGUCACGAAUAAAAGACGUCCCGUGAAGGUUUGCGGCGAAAAUGAAGAAAGUCGCCCCGAGGGUUUUUUUACGUCGGUCUCGACUUGCUGUCUAAGUCAAGCCCUGGAGACGAGUAUCUCCUGUUCGAGAUGCCGUAGCAAAAAUCGACCUUCUCUCCCAAGAAUUUUAGUCAAACGGAUGGGAUUUUUGUUUUCUCUUUUAAAAUAAUGAUUUCUUCAAUAAACCCUGGCUGAAAUGAAGUUAUACUUUUGUUUCGAUAUCGCUUUCAUUUUAUUUCUCCUGGAUCAUUCUGCUGCACAUCAAAACUCGUCUGCGAACGACAAAUUAUGCGACUUGAAUUUUCAUCCUCAGCAUGUCAAAAUCACAUUUAGCAGUCGGAUUGUUAAAAAUGAAUACAUUGUCACAUUUAAUGGAUAUUACAAGAGGAAAUUGAGAGAGAUCUUUAUAGCGACAGCUUUAAACGAGAGUGAUAUCAACUCUUGGCACAUCGUUAAAAGGAACAACCCGGCGAGUGACUUUCCCAGUGAUUUUGAUGUAGUGGUGGUCGAGGAGGGAAUUUCUGGUAGUGGUCUAUCAAGUUUACGAGAACAUCCGUCAGUCAAAAGAGUGACUCCACAAAGAUUGGUCGUUAGAAAUCUACAAUAUAUAAAUUCGACUGAAAAUCAUAAUGCACGGCCUGUCAAAAAAUUUUGGGAAACAUCCAAUAAGAGAAAAGGAAGGGUACUUAUGAGAGCGACACAUAAACAAAUAACAUCCAUACUUCAAGCAGAUACAUUAUGGGGCAUGGGCAUUACAGGUUCUGGUGUUAAAGUGGCCGUAUUUGAUACUGGUUUGUCCAAAGGCCACCCUCAUUUCAAGAGAGUGGUAGAACGUUCAGAUUGGACCCAUGAAAAAAGUUUAGAAGAUGGACUGGGGCAUGGUACAUUUGUUGCAGGUGUAAUAGCUAGUAGUAAAGAAUGUUUAGGAUUAGCUCCUGAUGCUCAGUUACAUAUAUUUAGGGUAUUUACAAAUAGCCAGGUGUCUUACACUUCUUGGUUUCUAGACGCUUUUAACUAUGCUAUAUUGAAGAAAAUAAAUGUGUUAAAUUUAAGUAUUGGCGGUCCAGAUUUUAUGGAUCAUCCAUUUGUUGAUAAAGUAUGGGAGUUGACUGCAAAUCGUGUUAUUAUGGUCUCUGCGAUUGGAAAUGAUGGGCCUCUCUAUGGCACUUUGAACAACCCUGCUGAUCAAAUGGAUGUUAUUGGAGUUGGUGGUAUCAACUUUGAUGACCAAAUAGCCAAAUUUUCCUCACGUGGGAUGACUACUUGGGAACUGCCUCAUGGAUAUGGCCGCCUAAAACCUGAUAUUGUUACCUAUGGAUCAUCAGUUCGUGGUUCAAGCAUAAAAGGAGGUUGCCGGACUUUGUCAGGGACAAGUGUUGCUUCUCCUGUUGUAGCCGGUGCGGUAGCUUUAUUAGCAAGCGGGGUUUUCCAUCGAGGAAAUGCAAUCAAUCCUGCAAGUAUGAAACAAGCGUUGAUGGCAUCUGCCAGGAGACUACCAGGUAUUAACAUGUUUGAACAAGGACAUGGGAAACUUGAUUUGCUCAAAGCGUACCACAUUUUGAACAGCUAUACCCCACAAGCGAGUCUCAGCCCAAGCUACAUAGAUCUAGGAGAAUGCCAAUACAUGUGGCCCUAUUGCACUCAACCUUUGUAUUAUGGAGCUAUGCCGACGAUUGUAAAUGUCACAAUAUUAAAUGGUCUCGGUGUGUCAGGUCGGAUAGUAGAAAAACCAAAGUGGUACCCUUAUAUUCCUCAAAAUGGUCACUAUCUAGAGGUGUCUAUUACAUACAGCAGCAUACUUUGGCCGUGGUCGGGUUGGAUGGGAGUGUCAUUAAGUGUUGCAAGCAUUGGCAUUGAUUACACCGGAACAGCUCAAGGUCAUAUUGAGCUCAUAAUUGAAUCUCCUUCUGAUGAUGGCGAUUUGUAUCCCAAACGGUCACAAAUAAAGUUACCUAUUAGAGCAAAUAUCAUUCCUACACCUCCUAAACAAAAGAGGCUAUUGUGGGAUCAAUUUCAUAAUUUGAGAUACCCCCCAGGUUAUUUUCCUCGAGACAACCUUCGUAUGAAAGCUGAUCCGUUGGACUGGAACGCUGAUCAUAUCCAUACAAAUUUCAAAGAUAUGUAUCAGCAUUUGAGGGCUUCGGGAUAUUAUAUCGAAGUGUUGGGAGUACCAUUCACGUGCUUUGAUGCAUCACAGUAUGGUACUUUAUUGAUGGUUGACUUAGAAGAAGAAUUCUUCCCAGAAGAAAUUGCCAAAUUGAAGAAAGAUGUUGAUGCUGGCCUUUCGCUAAUUGUUUUUGCUGACUGGUAUAAUGUGACUGUGAUGAAGAAAGUUAAGUUUUUUGAUGAAAAUACAAGGCAGUGGUGGAUGCCGGAUACGGGAGGUGCCAAUGUUCCAGCUUUAAAUGAUUUGUUGUCAUCUUGGGGGAUAGUUUUAGGUGAUAUAGUUUAUGAUGGAGAUUAUACUAUCGGGAAACAGACGGUGUCUUAUUCGUCUGGGUCCCACAUUGCCAGAUUUCCAAGUAAAGGGACAGUUCUCUCUGCAAAGCUCACAGAUCAAGGAAAUGAAAUUUUGGGUGGUAGGACAAGAAAAGAAGAAGUUCCAAUUUUAGGAUUACUUCAAACUCAAGAUAGUAAAAGCAGUGGAAGGAUUGUGGUAUAUGGUGAUUCAAAUUGUAUUGAUAACAGCCAUUUACAAAGAGACUGCUUCUGGUUACUUGAUGCGAUAUUGGAUUACACCGCCACAGCCCAUAUACCCACGGCUUUCAUACAGAAUCAGUAUUCUUUGCAACAUGAUAUUCAUACUUUGCCUCAGAGAAUGGAAGGCAAUCAUUUAUACAGGUAUUCAAAGGUUUUAGUAAAUCAUUUAGAAGACACUGGAAAACUUAUGAUAAGAGAACUUCCAACAUGUCCACAUUUAACAUGGGCUCAUGCUUACCCUCUUAAUAAGUCUGCUCCUACCAAUCUCUACAAAUCCCAGAAACUGUUAUCAAUUAAACUGGAUGCAGAGCUUCCAUUUUUUUCCAAUGACAAUACUGCCUGGCUACCGACGGCAGAAUAUGUCGAUAAUGACAACAUUGACACUCUACCUCUUCUAGCCUUUUUUAUGUUAAUUUUAAUUACUCUUUUUAUAUUAUAUAGAUAUUUUAUUAUGAGAACAAGACCUAGGAGAAAAAGAAGUAAUCGAUUUGGGAGAUUUAUAUCCAUGCUAAGAGUGCCAACUGUUUAAAUUUAAUCAAUUUUGCAGAUGGCAGCAAUAUUAAAUUUAAAAAAUUGAUAGCAAUAAACUUUAGUUUAUGAUCUUUUUGUUAUGUUUUAUAAUGAAAAUAAAAACUGAUGUUAAGAUUAACUGAUUUUGUAAU